AUGCCCGCAAAAUGGUUAAAAUUUAUUCUAUUCUUCUUCUUCCCGAAUUCUGUUAUGGUAAAGUCACAAGAAAAUAAUGAUCCGAAAUGUAUAGAAAUAGAUACAGAAGCUUAUGAAUUUAGAAUAUCGCCUGGAGGAUAUUCUGCCGAUUCGAUAAAUCAAUCACAAUGUAAAUCAUUAUGUGAAAAUUAUAAUUAUGCAGCACUUACGGCUGGAAAAUAUUGCUUUUGUGAUGAUGAAUUGCCAGAUGAAAUUGUUGAAAAUGCAUUAUGUGAUGCAAGAUGCACAGGAAAUGAAGAAUGCGGCUCUUCGAAUUCCGUAUUUUAUACUGCAAUAUUGGCUAAAGAAAUUCCGCCGAUUGUUGAUGUUUUUCUCAAUAUUCAAUAUAAUUGCACAGGAAUGCCAGUGGAUAUUGAAGUAACUGUCAAAUCAAACAGUUCAUUUGAAUUAAUAUUGUCUUUUGGAGAUGGAACACCAAUAAUAAUCUCUAAUUCAUCAAGGUUAUUCUUUAGUAAAUUUUAUAAAAUUCCUGGAACCUAUUUUGUUGAAGCAUUUGCUAGAAGUGAAGUUGGAAAUGAUCAGUUUUCAGUCAAGAGAGAAAAGAUACAGAUUGAUGAAUGCACAAUUGAUGUAGAAUUAAAAUGCACAGAAAUCAUUAUUAAAAAUGGAACAGCAGAUUGUAAAUAUAAAGUAUGGAGAGGUUCUUCAUUAUCUUUAAUUUUCAAGGCAGAUAAUUAUGAAGAUAGAAGUUUUCCUGCUAUCUCAGGUAAAAAAGUUUUAUGACUGAUUUAUUAAAUAAAAGUAUUGUUUACUUUGUGCAAUUUUUUCAGCUUAUCAACAUUUGUUUUGCAUGUUAAUAAAUAACUUUAAGAACAUGGGAACAUAAAAU